AUGGCGGAUACAACACAGAAGCAGGUGCAAACAAAUGUAGAGCCAGCUGCUCUCUCCCCGCCAUACGUUGGGGAAAGGUCUUCGAACCUCGAUGAAAGCGACUUUGUGACGGCCACAGAGGAUCGUGAGCUUAGACGGGGUCUUCAUCAGCGGCAUGUGUCACUCAUCGCUAUCGCUGGAGCGAUUGGAACGGGCCUCUUUCUCGGUCUCGGGGGCUCAAUCCAGACCGCUGGUCCUCUAGGGGCACUGCUUGGCUAUGCGACUAUCGGCCUAGUGGUUUGCGCAGUACAGUUUGCCCUGGGCGAGGUGACGGCUCUUUUGCCUGUCACUGGUUCGUUCGUCAGGCAUGCCGAACUCUUGAUCGAUCCUGCUUUUGGCUUUGCAAUCGGCUAUAACAUUGUGUACGGCAAUUGUCUCUCUAUCCCGGCCGAAAUCACAGCGCUCUGCGUUCUCUUCCAGUAUUGGACAGAUGUCAAUCCUUCAGUUUGGAUCGUGACAUUCAUUGCUCUGACCGUCAUUGUCGGCAUGUGUUUCAUCGGUAUUUAUGGCGAGGUCGAGUUCUGGUUCGCUCUACUGAAGAUCCUGUUCAUCAUCUUCCUGAUCCUGCUCGGCCUAAUCAUCGACCUGGGCGGAGUUUCGGGUACCCCUCGUACCGGCUUCAGAUACUGGAAGAAUCCUGGCCCGUUCGUCGAGUACAUAGCCACCGGUUCUUGGGGCAACUUCUUGGGCUAUUGGGCCGUCAUGAGCAACGCUGUAUUCAGCUUUGCCGGAACGGAAAGCAUUGCUAUGGCGGCAGCCGAGACGCGACAUCCACGAGUGGCCAUUCCCAAGGCGUGUAAGCGGGUCUUCAUUCGUGUUUCAACGUUCUAUAUCCUGGCUGUGCUCAUCGUGGGCAUGCUUGUGCCCAGCGACGAUCCCCGACUUGAUGAUGAGUCCGGCACCGCUGCGCAGAGCCCGUUCGUGAUCGCAGCCAGCGCAGCAGGCCUCAGGGGCGUUGCAUCACUCGUGAACGCCAUCGUGAUCACCUCGGCGUGGUCCAGCUCAAAUCAAGCAUUGCUUGCCGGUACCCGUGUCCUGUACGGCCUUGCACUGAAAAACCAGGCGCCUAAAAUCUUCCUGCGCACUACACCAUGGGGUGUUCCCUACGUGUGCGUGCUGUUUUUCACAGCCUUCAUGUUCCUGGCUUUCAUGAGCCUCUCGGACGGUGCGCUGACGGUGUUCUGGUGGCUUGUGGACUUGACGGCGUGCGGUGUGCUGAUAUCGUGGAUAACGGUGCUGCUGAACCAUUUGCGGCUGCUACAGGCUAUGAAGGCGCAAGGAUUAGACUUGAAAAUGCUCCCUUGGCAUUCAAGAUGGACGGAGUUUUCAACUCCUGCGGCACUGCUCUUGUGCGUUGUGAUUCUUUUCACUGCUGGGUUUCCCGUCUUCACCAAAGGGAAUUGGUCCACCAGUGGUUUCAUCUCGUCAUAUUUGGACAUACCUCUCGUGAUCACUGCAUAUGUGGUAUGGAAGAUAUACAAGCGGACGAAGAUUGUGAAACUCUCCGAGAUCCCUCUUGACGAGGCUCUUGAACGAGCUGCCGAAGAUAUAGGGCCGGAAACCAAAACACCGAGAUGGCGGCAGAUAGUAGGGUUACUCUGGGACUAA